AUGACAUGUCAUGCGCAUGCGUAAACCGGUGCACAAGUGGUGAAUUGGUUUUCCGUGAAUUCUGCCGGGAGAAAUUGGGCCGUUUUUCUUUCUCAUUAUUGUUCAUAUAGCAGUAAGCGCCACCCAAUCACCACGGGACGAAGAGAAGAUCUGAGCUGUAAAGAAUAUGCCCAAGAAUAAAGGUAAGGGAGGAAAGAAUCGGCGACGUGGAAAAAAUGAGAACGAGUCAGAGAAGAGAGAGCUGGUGUUCAAAGAGGACGGGCAGGAAUAUGCCCAGGUGAUUAAGAUGUUGGGUAAUGGGAGGUUGGAAGCCAUGUGUUUUGAUGGAGUUAAGCGGCUCUGCCACAUCAGAGGAAAACUCAGGAAAAAGGUGUGGAUUAACACGUCAGAUAUCAUCCUGGUGGGACUGAGAGAUUACCAGGACAACAAAGCUGAUGUGAUCCUGAAGUACAAUGCAGACGAGGCCAGGAGUCUGAAGGCCUAUGGAGAACUGCCGGAGCACGCCAAGAUCAAUGAGACGGAUACCUUCGGUCCCGGGGACGAUGAAGACAUCCAGUUUGAUGACAUCGGAGAUGAUGAUGAGGACAUUGAUGAUAUCUAAGGACCUUCUAGGGGAAGGUGUAAUUUUUACCAUCUGCUCCUAAAAUCAGCACAGGACUUUGAUACUUCUCUACUGGAAUCACUGUACCCUCUGCCCACAUUUGUGGCUGUGUUACCUAUUGAUGACCCCGCCCACACAACAUAUUCCCACUAACUCAUUGAUAACAUGACUGCAGCUGCUCGCAAUUUCUUGCGGUGUCUUUUUUCUAAUGUAUUUAUAUCGAUUUCAUGCGGAGUGGAAUUUACUUACAAGUAUAGAAUCUCUAGAUUUGCAAUAAAAAUAUGAACCAUUUUAUGUUUUGUCCUGCGUUCUGUAUCAUAGUUGAUAGUUAGCAACGCUCUUUAUAUUAGUUAGGAUUAAAUAUGUUUAUUGAUUAUGUAAAACUGAUUCCUCCUGAAGAUGCCUCUGUUUUUCAACAGUCUAUUUUUAUUUUGUUUCCCCAUGUGUCUGUUGGUUUUAUGUUUUGAUCAACUCCCGGAGGGGUGUGUCACAAAGCAUCACCACGUUCAAGGAAGUUAGGCCCACCUUUGAAAAACAUUCAGAUAUAGCUACUACUUUUGAUUUAUUUCCUAAAAUAAUCUACAAAAUUGGAUAUUUGUCAAUUAUACCAAUGUCCAUUUCAUGUUAUUUCAGAAUAUUUAGGAAUGUUAAUAGGCUUUUUCUACUUGUUCCUGCUUUGUGAACCCCCCCCCCCAGCUGCGGUUUAGAGACCACUGAGUUCUGUCAGAGGUAAUGGCUACCUCCUAACUACCCUGGUGGUCCAGUCUGCUGCUGCUGGAGUCAAUUCCUCUGUUUCUUCACUGUCAUGCCAAAGAUGUCAUGUGCUGCUUGGCAUCUACAGAGGAGUUGGCUGCAGCUCAUACACAAUGGGACCAGGCUAGCUAAAUAUCACUGAACUGUGUCUUUAACACCAUAGACAGCGCCUGAGCUACUAUGAUGUAAUAAGGCUGAUUUAUAGGGAUUUCCAAUAAAGAACUUAAUUCCA